CUGGUGUUUCAAUGCGUCAUUAUUUAUUUCUUAACAGCUCUUGGUUUCAAGGCCGGAAAGGAAAACAUUGUUACAACCACACCAGGUCUGUUCGCAUGCAAGGAGAUCUCCUUUCAAUAUCGUUUCUAUGGCGGACAGCAAGUAAAGGUCUUUGCUUCCGUUGGCCAUACAGAGAGGAGCCAAAAUCCUCGUAAUGGUGGCGCGGUCUGGGUUGACGAUGUUACUGAAAGUGGAUUCACAGCUUGUGUUGUGGAGUUUGGAGACAGCUCGAACGGUACUAAGGAAGUGUACUGGAUUGCUAUUCAGACCGCACCGUUGGGAUCGCAAAUAGGCGCCAAAUCGCUGAGCUCUUGGACAACUGGGACGGAAUGUGAGAAGAUCGAUUUCCAACAGGUAGAACUGUGUUCAUCAGCGAUUCAUAGGCACUAAAUGAAUCGUACCGUGUAAAAUGUAAUGUGCGAUAUCAAAUCUCUGGGCUAGAACAAGAGACCCGGCCUUACCAAAGCGUGCUUUCCAAAAACAAAGACACUUGACUUUCCAUUAAACUCGCAGUAUGCAAUGUUCGAUAAUCUUCUACAACCCGCUAAAGCUGUGCAAAUCCUUAAACAUUCUCUGUUAAAGAAAAAAUAUUUUCUACUUUCGGAUCUCAAAGACCUUAGCGUUGUUCCUUUUCUAACCUAUGUUUAAUCCAUAGCCUCGCAGAACCCCAUUUAAUUUUUAAAUGUAUUUACUCAAUUUACAAUUUCCUCUUAUUAUUAUUUUAAUCAUUGUAUUUAUCGUCAUUAUUAUUACUAUUAUCGUUUGUCGUGAUGUUUUCUACAAAUUUAUAAAUAUGGUUUGAUUUAUUUCCCUUUGAACUUCUCACCCUUAAGUCUGUCGGCAAGGCCUUAAAAUGUGUAACGCAUCCUCUUAUGUUUCAGCGUUUUUCAUCUCCUCCAACCAUUUUCGUGACUGUCACUCAUGGUGUUACCAACCGAACUCAGGAUGCCAUGGCCUUGUGGGUCGAGGACUUGAAAGCAGAAAGCUUUAAGAUUUGUUUGAGGGAAGCCAAGAUCUUCGAUGGUCCACACAAAAACCUAAAAAUAGUAGGUAACCCCGAGUUUUAUAGGGGCUGUCCACGGAUGUUUUUCAAGCAGUAUACAACCUUUCUCAGUGAAAAGAAGGUUUUUUUUUCUUUUUGUCUUCUGCCUCUUUUAACAAAAUACAUGAAUAAAAUAAAUUAGAAAUAAAUAUCCUUUAUUUUUACCAUAAACAUUGAAGCUGCCUCUUGGCUGAGACAAACUCAUAAUGAGUAUAGUAGUUCUGUAAAUAAAAACAAAGCUCAAUAUUCUAAGGCUGUAAAAUUAACUCUUAAAAUUUCUAUUUGAUCCACAGAAUUGGAUGGCUUUCCAUAACAUCAGCGUAGACAACUUUACCCUUAUCAAUAGUUUGGUAUUUGCCAAUACAAACUCACCAUCUCCGCAGCAUAAUUACGCCUUUUGUCAAGUAAGUAUUAUUUAUCCGGAUCGUUUCCUCGUUAUUGGAUCUCAGAGUAUGUGUGAGUGUCAUCGUUUUGCAUCGCUUUUCCUCUAAAUUCCCAUCCCUAAGCCUGGAUUUCUUUAUUCCUUAAUAGAUAUCACACACUUGGUCGCCCUAAGAAAUUGUGUCCUUGAAGCAGUCUAUUGCGCUAACUUGUCACAAUAAGUAUAGAUAUAAUCAUUUUAUUAUUACUUUAAUCAUUAUCAGAUAUUAUCCUUAUUAUUAUUAUUAUUUUUUAACAAUCUAGACAGCAAACUUCACAGAAUCUUUCUAUGCUCCCCCUGUCGUGUUGGUUACUGCAAAGCGAAGCACAAAAAUUAACAAUUCUCUUCAAUCCGGAUCUCAGUGCAAUGCUGUUACCACCUGGGUCGAGGUAAGUAAUAGGUUUUAUUAUUGAUGUAGCUCAUCAAUUUAAGAAAAAUUUAAAAAUAAAUAAAUAAAUAAAUAAAUAAAAUAUAACAAAAAACUGGACUAUUCUCAAUUAUUUUGCUAUAUUGAAAUAAUUCCCUUCUUUUUUCUUUAUAUUUAGUACACAUCUAAAACUGAAGCUCAGAUUUGUGUCAAAACGUUUAAUAGCGAUUCUAACAACAAGGACGUCAUCACCGUCGACUACAUGGUGACUGGGGGUGAGCAGAAAGUUUCAUGGUUAUUUUUAUGCCAAUUUUAGGAAGACUAAAUUGUCAUUGUUUUGAAAAAUGAGGUAUUUGUACAAAUGUAUAGCUACUGCACGUCAAUCAAAUUAGAACUCAGUGGAGCGUAGCUGUAGUUCUUACCUUAAGGCUAACAUUUUAUUAUCUGAUCGUUUUUUCCUUCCGACUUGAUACCUAAUGGCAAUGCCGUUAGUAUGCUGGUUAUAGAACGCAGUUAGCUACAAACAGGGCUUAGGUAAAUUCAUUGACAUAGUUAAAAUCAUGUUUAAAAAAUUUAAGUCAUACGCACACUGAGUACAACAUUUGGAUGCCUUUUUCCAAAACACUUAAACUCUUUUAGCACUUGAACAAGUGAGAUGGGAGUUUCAAAUAGAAUUUCUAGGGUGGUACACCCGUUAACUUGCCUGACAUAUCCUUUCACCUUUUUUUUCCGCAGACCUAGACCCUUGUAUUGGCGUCCUUUGCCAUUAUCACUGUUUGUGCAAAGGUUUCGGGCCUUAUGAUGCUAGGUGCGUCUCUUUGGAGAGUUGUCCAUCAUACCAAGAACCUGUCUGCUCAUCAAACGGUUCAACAUAUGACAAUGAAUGUCUGUUUCAACGGGAAAUGUGUAUUCUUCGACUUAACUACACUGUACAGCACCCUGGUAGCUGUGAAGGUUAGUUAUAUUGAGUAAAAUACUUACUUCCUAAGACUUCCUUUACUGGAAAAUCCGUCUCCAAACACCUGCAAAGUAGAUAACAGCGAUAAGGUCAGUGGUAAAGUCAGUGUCAGUUUUUAUGGUAGCAUCGGUGUUCAGAGCAGAUCUUUCUGCUGGUUGUCAUGGUGGUCGUUUCGACUAGAGUGUUGAUGUCGGAAAUGAUGGCCGAUAUUGGUUUUGGUGUAAGCGCGGCAGAAGCAGUUUUAGUUCCAACAGAGGUGAGGAUGUCCUCUUGUUGACAAUGCUUCAAUAACAGCUUUAAAUUAGACAACAGUGAAAUCAGAUUACGUCAAUUAUUGUUGAAUUUCUUUUCUAGGAUUUCCUUUUCAGAGAGGUCGUCAACACAUGCCCCACAUUCCAUCCCUUGGAUAUUCCCAUUGUGAAGUCAUUCGCCUCAGGCCAUUUGUGUUUUAUCCUGACAAGGCCCUCGGAGUUCAGGUUACGGUUAAUCAUAUUGACACCAGUGACAAAUCCUAUGUACAUGAUGCCGCUGUGUCCUGGGUUGAAAAUGUCAACUACGAUAGAUUCACCGCAUGUGUGAUGGCGGCUGGUUACAACGAGAGACACGCAAAUGCCAAUGUGACCGUUGAUUGGAUGGUUUACCAAGGGGCACCAGUGGGUGGAGUUGCUGACGAAGUGCGGUUAUCACAAUGGUGGACUGGAACGACUUGUAAAUCUGUCAGUUUACCCUCGGUUAGUAAAAUAAACUGUCUUAAAAUGAAUGUUCUAAAAGCGAAGACAAGUUUCUCUGUAAAACCGGAACCGUGAUCAGCUCGCAGUUGCAACCUUGCAUAGUUCUUUUAUUUAUCGUACUUAAGUAAUUUCUCCCUCAUUACAUAACGUAGUAUAUACAUUGAAAGGUUUUACACGAAGUUGAUUUUCAUUUCAUGCUUAUUUUGUUUUCCGAGAUUUGAGAUUGGAUGAAGGAGAUGAAGUCGUGUAACUUCAGUGUUUCAGAAAUCAAAAAUAUUUGAACACGCAAACGAUAAAAACUACAACAGCGUCGGCAGAAGCACUUGAUCAAUCAAUCAUAACAAGUACCGCUGGUGACACAAAGAGUUAGAGCUUCUAUGCUCUUCCUUUUGGCAGGGAAAAUUUUCUGUGAUGCCAUCAGUGUUUGUGACAGCUGCCCAUCAUCAUGCCGGACUGAAACGUGACGCUGCAAGUGUUUGGAUUGAAGAUCUCACGCAAUCUUCAUUCAAAGUCUGCUUAAGGGAACUUCAAAAUUAUGCGGGAUCUCACGAAGAUGUCUACGUUGUGAGCAUUACACUUUCCUGUUACAUGCACCUUAUAUAUCUCCACAGAAGUACAUCACUGUUUUCUUUUUUUUUUGUUUUGUUUUGUUUUGUCUUUAUUCACUAUAGUUACACUGCCAUUUUCUUUCUUUCCUUUUUUUUUUAUCAAGUGUUCGUAUUUAUCAAAAAAAAGUCAAAGGUCAUUGAGCCUUGAAAACUUAAUUAAAGGAAAAAGUAUAGUAAUGACAGUGUUUUUGUUACUUUCAUAUUGCAGAAAUGGUUGGCAUUCUCAUCUCUCCACAAACCUCUCUUCUCUGAACACAGUUCAAUUUAUUUUUCUAAUUCCCAGUCGCCACCUGCUGGUCACAACAGAGCUUACUGCAAGGUAGAGCUGAACCUAAGAGAGCUUGUUCAAUUUUAAUGUAUCAUUUUUUCGUGUAAAAAUGUCUUUUCAGUCUCACCUUCAAAACACUUUUCAGAACGAGUGGUAUUUUUUAACUGAAUCAUAAUGACAAACACCGUCCUUGGCUAAGUUACCAAUAGGAAUCUUUCUGCUAAAAAAUCGGGAAAAAGUAAGCAAACAAACAACUAAAGAAAUAAACAGACCGGAAAACAAAUGAAACAUGACAAAGGUUGGGGAUUUUGAUAAAUCUAAACAGCACUUUAAUGUAUUUAACUGUUUGUCCGGGCCCAGUUAUUCGAAGACCGAUUGGCUAAACCGAAGAACAAAUCAUCAUUCGGUUUUCUGUAAUCAAAAGUUCACAAGUCCAAUUCCUUUAAGAGUAUUCUGUGUUUUAUUAACCCAGCUUUGAACAACCCGGCUUUUAUCAAUUUGUGCUAGGUUAUGUAUUACGUUUGCUAUGUUUGAACAGGAUUUGACUAAAAUUUUCAAAUGUAUUCGAUUUGCUCUUUACAUAGGAUGUCUCCUUUAAUCAGAAGUUUAACAACAUCCCGAAUGUGUUUGUCUCUGCAAAUCAUUCAACCAGUGGUGGUAAUCUACAACCGAUACAUAAUGGGAUAACUGCUUGGGUUGAGGUAGGGUCACGUAUUUUGUCGACCUCUCAGUAUCUUCAAGUUUCUGUAUUAUUUUCAUUUUUUUCUAUUUUCACCUUUUCCUGCCUUGGGAAAUCUUUUAUCUGCGUUUUGAGCUAUUGCAGAUGCUAAUGAUAUUUUCUUUAGAGUUUGUUGUUGCACUCGUUGGAUUUUGUUUAUUUCGCUAAUUUUCUUUUUCAUUGUUUCUUCAUGACGUUUCAUCGAAUGAUUACUGAGCUUUCACAUAAGUAUUUAAUUCUUCUGUAUUUUAUUCCUUCCUAGAUUGAAUUGAAUUAAAUUCGUUUAGCUAUUGUUAUCAUUUUUCUUGUUAGUACGUCAAUGAGACAGGAUUCAGAGUUUGUCUGAAAGAGUUGUACGAGGCAAAAUAUGACCCCCUUUCAGUGUCAUAUACUGUUUUGUCAGGUGAGAAUAUGGUUAGACCUUCACGUGCCGGGGGAUGUUUGAUCGCAUCCUGGGGUAUGUAAUCUAUCAUAAAUUAAGUAGCUAGGAGCAAACUUUUGGGCCCAUAAAGCAAUUGCCAAAAGUAUCUGUGAAAUCCAUUCGUUUUCCCUUGCUUUGCUCUUGUUGUCUUUGUUUUGUUUUGUUUGUUUGUUUUUAUUUGUUUGCUUGCAUUUUGUUUGUUUUUAUUUGUUUGCUUGUUUGCUUGUUUUUUGUUUGUUUUUAUUUGUUUGUUGUUUGUUUUCUGCUUUGCGUUAUUAAAACAUGAAAGCUCGUAUUACCGUUUUAGGCAAACCGCUUGACGUGUGUAAAUUUUGUUUCUUAUUCUGUCUUUCACUCAGAUAUAUGCCAACCAGGUUGGGGUUACUUCGACGGGUACUGCUACUUCACAAGUCCCGCAUGCAUGCCAUGGCUUACUGCUGAGUCUAACUGCUCUGCGAUGGGUUCACAGUUGGUGACUAUACACAACCAAGAAGAAAAUGUGUACGUUCAGCAUCGACAUAACGGAGAGAGAUCCUGGAUUGGACUCAAUGAUCGGAGUGUGGAAGGAUCAUUUGUUUGGACAAAUAAAGAAAUUAGCAAAUUUAGAUUCUGGGCGCAUCAACAACCAAAUGACUGGAACAACGAGGACUGCGUACACACUCUUAGUGCAAAGCAUGGUUACGCUUGGAAUGAUGUGCCUUGCGAUAAUUGCUUCAAUUUUACUUGUUUUACAGGUACUUCAAGUAAUUCCCGUAUAUUUUUUUAGUGUUAAUAACCAGAUCAUUAUUUUUUUUGGCUCUAAAAUAACCCCUAAUAAAAAAAUAUCCAAAAGAGGAAUAACAUCGUUGAUUAUAAAAUUCUUAGACAUUGUAACAGCACUACAAUUUACAAUUUCUUGGCCUGUAUUACUGUGUUCCUGAGUAUAAUCAAGCGUACAUGAGAUUUUAGCGAAAAUAGUUUUUGCAAUGUUGUCCAAUUCAUACUAGCCAAAGGUCCUUCCCUAUAAUAUUUCUUUGCAACAAAACAUGAGAAUGAUAAUUUUUAUCGCUAUUGUUCCAGACUUUGACGAGUGUAAGACCAACACCUACAGCUGUGACGAUAAUGCGGCCUGUAAAAAUACCGUGGGCUCUUACACUUGUACUUGUAAGUCUGGGUAUUCUGGAGAUGGAAAAACUUGCAAUGGUAAGAUGAUCUGAUCUUUGCGCAACACAAUCCACACACUAAGAGUAAUGUAACCCACAUAUUUUUUUUUUAAGACAAGGAACUUUCCAUGUUCAGCCUUAGAAUCUCUUUACGGUGGUCAAUUCAUAUUAUCAAAUUAUAAUAGAAUUUGGAUAUAACGUGUGCUGUCAUUGGUUGAAAGAGCGUGCUCUAUGAGAGUAUAGAGCAUAGCGCCGAGCUAAAGCUGUCACGCCAUCUGCCAAACUGUGCUAUGUUUGAACUUUUCUGGGACUUCUCUCUGGCUUUUUUUCGUUAAUUGAAAGUGAAAUUUCGGAACAAGCGAGCCGGCAAGUCGCAACAAAAGAAACAAAAACUCAAGAAGUACGUCUCGUGUUUCUCCCUACACUUCUUUUGUGCUCUAGCCGCUUAAGAAUGGUCGAAGAGUUCAAUCGGACUUUGAACUUCUCCAAAUUCGCUCAUUCUACUCUUUUACCCGGAUAAUUCUCCCGCAAAUAUAAAUUAAUGGACAGUGCCAAUUUAAUACACAGGAACUCGAUUAUAUUAUUUUUACCGUAUAAAUUGGAGAAGUAUAUACCACACGAGUAAAUAUAUAGUACUUUUCGCUUUCAGUGGUAACUAGGUUAGCUCGGAGAAGAAUAGCCAAAAUGUGCACAAGAGGGGGCAUAACUCUAAACCAUUAACUUUGUUUUGUAAUUGCCUUUUUCAUUUCCCCUCCCUAGUCCGAUUGACGAGAAGCUGAAUAGACAAAAUGGCGCAUUAAGAGUUCAGUUUCCGACUAUUUUUCAGUACAUUGAAAGAAAGAAAUAAUUUUUUUGCAGCUUUGUAGUAUGUACUAAAACAACAAUACUCACCUCAGUGUCGGUGAGAGUGGUAAAUAUUCACCUCUAUUUACCACUACCUUGGAAAAUAACUGUUAAUUAUUCAUCUGAAACUUGCGAUAUUUACGACUUGUGGGUGUUUGUCUCCUUUGCGUUCCGUUUCCUUGAAUAAAUUCAUUAGAUUACUUGUCUGUUUACGUUUCUCAGACGUCGACGAGUGUACCAAUGGUGCAAACAGCUGCCACAGUUUAGCUUCAUGCAUUAACACCAUUGGAUCCUACACGUGUUCGUGUAACCAACCGUAUGCUGGAGACGGAAAGACUUGUAAUCUGGCAUCAGGUGAGUGGACGGGCGGAUUUUCCUGGCUUUACAUUCCGCUUCCUGUAUCGUACAGUGGAGUCCUACCCUUUUUGUUCCAACUUGUUUUUAUGCAGAGAUACUGCAUUAGGACAACAUCAAAGAAGAGAUUAAAUGAAACACAACUGAACAACUUGCAAUUACCUUGAGUCAUGCCUUUAUAUAGCAAAAACCUCCUUCAGCGUGGUCCAUAGGAAAACAUUUUUUUGUAAAUAGCAUAUCGCGAUCGCAGAUCGAAUUUCCUAGGCUAAGAAGGUCAGUUAUAAAAGAGAUCUAAACACAGGGUUUUGUGAAACCAAUCAGAAAAAAGGAUAUCGAUCUGACCUACAAAUAAAAUUUAGCCUCUCCUUCAUUUGUGAGACAGUGAUAUGUCAUGCAGCUUGAAUUUAACUUAAUUUUUCUGAAGAUAAGCUAUUUUUAACCAAGCUAUUGAGAUUGGAUGUAUACAAAAGAAUAAUUGAAAUGGUUGGAGUACAAUUGUCGGAGAGAAUCUUUGUUUGAGCUUUGCUGUGUUAAAUUUGUUGACCUGAGUGGUGGACUGGGCUUUGUAUUCUUUAGUUGAUUGCUCUCUGUCUUUCCAUAGAAUGUCAAAGCUACCAAAGUCUGACGGAUAGCACCAGGCUGGUAACUUACGGGAAUAGUUAUUAUUAUUGUGACAACGGACUCUCAGGCUGGUACCGUUUUCAAGGAGGAGCAGGGACUAGAAUGGCCACUUCAUGUCCAAGUAUUUACCGAUGUUACACCGCUGCAACCGGUUGGUUAUCUGGUGGCCAUCCCUCGGUGGCUGAUGGUCAGGUCAGCAGACUGACCUGCUUUCACUGGAAUGCAAACUGCUGUUUAUGGUCAAACUACAUCAAAGUGAGAAACUGUGGCGCUUUUUACGUUUACCACAUACGUGGUACACCUCAUGGUCAUUGUCAUCUCCGUUACUGUAGCACUUCUUAA